UUAUUAGUAGUUGUGGUAUUAUGCUACGACAGCUUGGCCAUUUCGGGCGGUAUUUCGUAUCGGAAGCCCGUAGGAGAUCCCGAUGGUCGAGAGAGUUCCGGCCGAUGAUGUAUGCUACUGCUAAGAUGCAGGACGCUGAGAACCGCUUUACCAUUUCCAAGGAUGCUGAUACGCAAGAGUGUGCACAAGCGAUAGCGGACUUCUUGCAGGAGCCGGGCCAAAUGGUCGUCCUCCAGAUGAUAGGUCCUGAUGCCUGUGCUAAGGCUGUACGUGCGGCAGCUUACCUAAGGCAGCAGUACAAGAUGGAAUUGGACUUGUAUUUCACUACAGCGCCGGAGGGCGUAGUGGCUUAUGACAAGGGAGCCGCGGAGGAGAUCUGGGUUGGGUUGGAAGUGGCCGAGGGGCCUCCACCGUUAGCGGCAUUGAUCGACUUUGAGAUCUCUAGCAAGACGUUUCCUGACAAGCUAGCGUGGGCCGUGGCCUCCCACCUUUUCCGAGGGGAGGCUAUGCGUUUAACUGGUAUUGGCCCUAGGAGCAUCAUCAAGAUGGUCACGGCGAUAGGGAUCGCAGCGAAGUGGUUUGAUGAGCAUGGUAGAGGCGUGGUGUUGUCGAGG